CUUUGAUGCUUGCAUAGUUGCUUAAGCUUAACUAAUUGGUUUGCUAUGUACAAAUCAGCAAAGACUAUUGGCUAGAUUCAAUCCUCAGUUAGCUUUGGCUUUGACUGUGUCCUUUGUGCUUUGUAGCUCUUGAAUGUUACGUCGAGGGAUUUGUGCUUAACUUGUGGUCCUUUUGUCAGUGAUAGGAGGUUUUAACUGCUUUUGGAAGCAUAUAUGCAGUGCAUUAGGUUAACGAGGGUAAAAGAUCUACACUCUGUGUUUAAAGCUGGCUUCCUUUUAUCCAUUUUUCAACUACUAGUAUGCUAGUGUGGAGUAGUGGUCCUUGUAGUGUGCUUUUUCCAUCCUGAAAUUAUAAUGAAAAUUUGGCAUGUCAUGAAGCUUCAAUUUUUGGAAGAAUUAAUGGCAUAAAAAUUCUAGCUUUGAAGUUUGAAGGGUAGAAAUAAGCUAGGUACUCUGUCUUUCUGUAUUCAAAUUAUUCUUGGCUUCGUGUUUUGUCACUUUGAAAUUUGAAUAGUGCCGUAAUUCCCUUUUUUCCCUAUUGUUAACUUCUUCGACAGAUUUCUUUUUCCUUUUAUAGCUCAUAACUCAUUUUUUCCUCUCUCUGGACUGAUACUUAUUAAGUAGUUUUUCUUUGAAGUUGAUUGAAUCCGAGUAUGUGAUGGACUUGUGGGUCUACCAGGUGAUCGUAUCUUCUUUAUCUUUUGAUUUCUUUUGUUGCUUUUUCCAAGGUUCAUCAUUUUCAUUUGAUUUGAAUAGAAGUAAGAAAGAUCCUCGAGGCAAGUCAUAUCCUUCUUUUCUUUUUUCAGCCUUUUACUUUUUCAUAGAACGCUGCAUAGAAUGGUUCCUUUCAUGAUUCUGUAUUUUGCCUUUUGAGGAUGAAGACAGUUGGCUCUGCUUUAUGCUUGAUUGGUAUAAUUGGCAUGGCAGAGCUUUAUCUCGCAAUUCAAUCCCUUUUGAUGCUAAAUUAUUACAUGAUGUUCUCUACACCAGAAUGGUUUUUUUCCCCUCCCCAGCACUACAGCGUCAAUACUUUUAUACUGAUUCCAAUUAAUCAUCAGAGUUGGGGCAUAAUUUCCUUGACGAUAGCUUACUUCUGGCAACUUUACACUUUGUGGAUUCUCGUUCAGUUACAUGAAGCAGUUCCUGGGAAGAGAUACAACAGAUAUGUAGAACUUGCACAAGCAGCAUUUGGGGAUAGAUUAGGUGUAUGGCUCGCGCUUUUCCCUACGGUGUAUCUGUCAGCAGGAACAGCGACAGCUUUGAUUCUCAUUGGAGGGGAGACCAUGAAACUGUUCUUUCAAAUUGUAUGCGGCCCCCUGUGUUCUUCAAAUCCUCUGACAACUGUUGAGUGGUAUCUGGUGUUCACAUCCUUGUGCAUCGUGUUAUCCCAGCUCCCAAACCUUAACUCAAUUGCUGGACUCUCAUUGGUAGGAGCAGUUACUGCCAUAAUCUACUCCACCAUGGCUUGGAUACUCUCUGUAAGCCAACAGAGACCACCCUUGAUCUCUUACCAGCCCAUCUCAUUGCCUUCACCUUCCGCUACACUCUCUUCUUUCCUAAAUGCACUUGGUAUCAUUGCAUUUGCAUUUAGAGGCCACAAUUUGGUCCUAGAAAUUCAGGCAACAAUGCCAUCAACCUUCAAGCACCCAGCUCAUGUGCCGAUGUGGAAGGGAGCCAAGUUUGCCUAUUGCUUCAUUGCCAUGUGCCUGUUCCCCGUCGCUAUUGGAGGUUUCUGGGCAUAUGGAAACCUGAUGCCCUCAGGAGGAAUUCUCAACGCAUUGUAUGCAUUUCACAGUCAUGACAUUCCCAGGGGACUCCUGGCAAUGACAUUUCUUCUUGUCGUGUUCAACUGCCUGAGCAGUUUCCAGAUAUACUCAAUGCCCGCUUUUGACAGUUUUGAAGCAGGCUACACGAGUCGUACAAACCGUCCAUGCUCGAUUUGGGUUCGCUCAGGUUUCCGAGUCUUCUUCGGAUUUGUCUCCUUCUUUAUAGGGGUGGCACUGCCUUUCCUGUCCAGCCUUGCUGGUUUGCUCGGAGGGCUCACUCUACCAGUCACAUUUGCUUACCCUUGCUUCAUGUGGGUUCUCAUAAAAAGGCCAACAAAAUACAGCUUCAAUUGGUACUUUCACUGGACUCUCGGUUGGUUGGGCGUUGCAUUCAGCCUCGCCUUCUCUAUUGGAGGCAUUUGGAGUAUUGUCAACAGUGGCCUUAAGCUGAAAUUCUUUAAGCCCAACUAGUUAGUAUAUAUAUAUAUGUAGACAAAGCAAGUGUGCCUGCGUCGAAGUCAUUUUUCCUUUUUUUUUUGCCCUUUAUGUUCCUCCACAUGGAAAUCAGAUCGUUAUCCGAUUAUGGUCUGUCUUAUCUAAUUAUGUGUUGUAAUAGGCAAAGUGGCAAAACCAAAAAAGUCGUAUAAAUCUUUUUACCACUUGAUGUUGAGCGU